AUGUCUCGAUAUCUGCCUCCUAAUGCUACACUCAAAAGCACCUUGGAAUCAGUUCCUUCAAACGUCAAUCCAUUUGAAUUUGGGCAGGAAGUCAUCAACAGUCUACGAUUCCCCAAGGUCCCAACUGCGACUGUUGCUGUACUCAUUGUCUUUGCAAUCAUCCACUUCCUCUCCGCUAUAGUUUGUGUCGUCAUACUGCUUCGCUUCAUUUUCCCUAAAUCAGCUACCCAAAAAGCCAAAUAUGACUGGUUGUUCAGAAGGAUUUAUGUCGAAGAUGGAGACGGAUAUCCGGUGGAGAGCACAGCGCUCAUAUUGCCCAACAGUGGACCGCUGAUGGCAUGCUUCCAGCUCCUGGCCAGUAUUGUUGCAACAGCGGAAAUCUGGCUCACUUUGGCCUCCUUCAAAUCUUACAAUGUAGCCUCCAAGAACGGUUUGUUACUCUGGCUCUAUAUAUCUUGGCUACUAGCUUUCUAUGGGUUUUGGGUGACGGCUUGGGCCUCAGUCUACACUCGGCUGUAUACGCAGACAGCGUACGCAGAAAUACUCAAAUCUUCACCUUCUUUCAUCUUCAAGCCUCUGUUCCUCAAUUGUUUCUUUCUGGGUGUACCGGCGUUGGUCACUCUUGUUGAAGUCGGACUUCUCGCUUGGCACAUCACUUCUUUCUGUCGUGAGCGCGACAUUUGGCACGAUCUAGUUGAUUCAAUGAAGGAAGCAGCAAAAUCAUGGACCACCUUGAAUAAUACGACCAAUGCCGCCACCGCGAUGUUAAAAGACGGAUUGUUCAACAACGUGACUGGUGAUGGUAAUGUGACCGCUCUAGUCGCUCAGACGCGUGAUGUGACGCGGAGGGCCGCUAGUUUAGUGCGAACCGAUGGUGGGCUGAUUCAAAGCUCACAAGUGAUGGCCUUUGCUUGGGGCGUGAUCCUUCUGAUCACACUGUUAAUUUACGCUACGGCAACUUGGUCAUUGAUUUCUUUGAUCAAGGGUGCUGAUAGUGAGCCGGUUCGCCGGAAACGAAAAGUGCAAGUAGCUUUACUUGUUCGACGCAAAAAUACCUACACCGAAGAAGGUGGAGCAAUAUCUCUUGACAAGGAAGAUGCGAGAUUGCUCCAUCGAGGGUUGCGGUACCUAACUUUGCACAGCUUGACAAUGAUCAGUGCCAUCUUUUAUUCGACUGUUGUCUGUUUUCUCAUGGGCGCCCGUGCUAAGGAUAUCGUGCUCACGGCGCACUGGCGUGGAGUCGGUUCAUGGCUAUCGCUAGCCAAUGGAAUCUUCAUUGCCACUGCAAUGUCGUUUCAAUUUUGGCGCGUAUGGGUCGAUCUAGACAUCAUCAUCCCGGUUCAAGACCCGCGGAAGCAACAUGAAUGUGGCUCAUGCCAAGAUAUUCCUAUGCAAGAGGCUAAAGGUCGCAUAUGGCGAUCAUCUUGCACGUGUGAUGCUUAA